AUGUGGACAGCCCUCGUGCUCAUUUGGGUUUCCUCUUGGUCCUUAUCUGAAAGCCACCUGACAGCCCAGCAUCCACUCCUCAACAAGACGCUGGAGAAUUCAGAACAAAACUCAUCCGUGGAAACCAUUACAAGAGUCUUGAAUGAAACGUCUGCAAGAAUGACCUCGGUGACACCUUCUCCCAUCACGUUGACCAGAGGGACUUGGGGAGGCGACCCCGCCUCUCCUGCGGUCACAGCAGGGACAGCGCACAGGACAGAGGCAGGCGCGUCAGCGACGGCAGAAGGGACCCCCGACGGAGCCACCUCCAGGGUGCCCACGCCGCCUGUCCCGGCGUCUGACUGGCGGACCCCGUCCUCACCCCACACGCGGGCGCCUGGCAGCGGCACGUUGUCUGGGCCAGCGACGCACACGACACCCACGCCGGCCACGGGUGCUCCCACAGCUGCUGCAGCCCUGGCAAGUGUAAGCGGCCCCUUGGGCUUGCACGGUCGUCCCAGGCACACCCCCGGCCACGCCACAACGAGCCCCGCGGUGCCCCUGAGUCCCCAAGCACUUAACGCGUCCACACAGGGCCCCACCGUCCAGGCGCCGACGGCCCGGACUGCGGCUGAUGCAGCAAGUAGGCCUGCGCCCACCCUCCUCAACACAACACCAGAACCCGGCUCCCCCUCUUCGGUUUCCGCAUCCAUGACAGUGGGGACCACGACCAAGGCCCCCCAGCCGGCUGCCAGCACAGCGCCAGCACCUGCCCUUCAUGCCAGCCCGGGCCCCCCGAUACAGCCCAGCCCCGUCACAUCCACGCCGGGGGCCGCGGGGCCAGGCACCACUCAGACGCUGGAGCAGGGCGCGCCUGAAGCCGCGCCUGGUACUGCUUCCAUGGGGCCGACCCUUGGGAGCUCAGGGGACUCCAAGGUGCCAGCCACAGACUCGUGCCAGCUCAGCACCCAAGGCCGGUACCUGGUGGUCUCCAGCGAGCCCCUGGCCCAGUCCCCAGUGAACAGAAGUUUUCUCCUGGCAGUGCUUUUGCUGGGGGUCACCCUCUUCAUCACAGCCCUGGUUCUGCUUGCCCUGCAGGCCUACGAGAGCUACAAGAGGCAGGACUACACGCAGGUGGAUUAUCUCAUCAACGGCAUGUACGCCGACUCGGAGAUGUGA